AACUGAACGAGUGGUGUCAGACUGCAUCUUGCUGUCUAAAGAGGUGAUAUUUCACAAUGAGGCGUGCUGAAGCUUUUCUGGUGUUGCUGCUCUGUCUGUACUGGACGGGGGCUCAGGGUGAGAGUGGAGGGCUGACAGGGAAUGAUAUCACUCAGACGGAGAUUCAGUCUGAGAUCCUGGGUGUCAAAUCAACCAGUGAUCAGACCAACAUCACCCCUGACAUCUGGGCUGAGCUGAAGGAGCUGAGAGACAUGGCCAUCGAACACAGUGUGGAGCUGAGGAACAGCAAGAGCAAGAUGGAGAAGCUGGAGCAGGAGAAUACAGCCAUACAGGCCAGACUGACAGCCAGUGAACACAAGAAUGAAGUUUUGGAAAAUGUGGUCAAAGAGCUCCAGAGAGAGAACACAGUGUUGGAGGCCAGAAUGAACACCAGUGAAAACGAGGUGGUGAAGCUGAAGAUAGAGAGUGCAGAUCUUCUAGACAGAGUAACAUCAUUUGAAGAUAAGAACAAAGUGUUGGAGGCCAGAAUGAACGCCAGUGAAAACGAGGUGGAGGAGCUCAAGAGACAGAAUGCAGACCAACCAAAGGUGGCGUUCUCACUCGGUCUCACUGACAACGGACUAAUUGGACCCUUCGAUACUGACAUCACACUUAAGUUCAGUAAAGUCAUCACCAACUUUGGUCAGGUCUACAGUCCAUCUACAGGUCUCUUCACAGCCCCAGUCAGAGGAGCCUACUACUUCUCAUUCACUACACUGGAUGGCCGGAGUAACGUAUUCAGGCGUGUUUAUCUCUAUCGCAAUGACAAGAGAGUGUUGUUCAGUUAUAAUUACAGUUCAAGUCACAGGGAAAGUGUUUCUAAUUCACUGGUUCUUCAGCUGGAAAAGGGGGAUGUGGUCUACCUGGUUUUACCUGCUGGUCAUAGUGUAUUCGACGAUGCUAGUGAUUUUACUUCCUUUAAUGGAUUUCUGCUUUUUCCACUGUGAGACUCAAACAUGAGAAUUGAUUUACCCCCAAAUGUUUGGCAUAGUGUAUAAACAAGUCAUACAGUAUUCAUGUGUAUAUGAAAGGAUGCACAUUGUUGCUGCGUUGACUUUGCUCUGCAACAAACUAUAUAUGAAAUAAAA